CCAUAUCGGGUAACACUAACAUAUUCAACUCUAGCUGUAAUAACGUGGAGAUGUGAAAUUAUUGUAUGAAUUUGAAAAUACGGUGAGACAGGAUGUUUAAAACAAUAAACUUGUUUUUGUUGAUGAAAAUUGUAUUGGUUGGAGGCGCUACACCAGUCCCCUCUGGAUUUACAUUUGGUGUGGCAACAGCUUCGUAUCAGGUUGAGGGGGGAUGGAAUGCAAGUGGCAAAGGAGAGAGCAUAUGGGACCGCUUUACCCAUACUCACCCAGAAUUGGUCACUGAUCACAACACUGGUGAUGUAGCUUGCGAUUCCUAUCACUUGUGGAGAGAAGAUAUAAAAAUGCUGAAAGAGAUGGGCGUAGAUUAUUACAGGUUCUCAUUGUCUUGGCCGAGGAUAUUGCCGGACGGAUUUACAAAUAAGAUUAAUGAAGAUGGAGUGAAAUACUACAACAAUAUUAUUAAUGAACUUUUGAAAAAUAACAUUCAGCCAAUGGUAACUCUUUAUCACUGGGAUUUGCCUCAGAAGCUUCAAGAUCUUGGUGGAUGGGCAAACCCUGAUCUCGCUCAGUAUUUCGAGGACUACGCAAAAAUUGCUUUUAAAUUAUUUGGUGACAGAGUAAAGAGGUGGAUCACCAUAAACGAACCUGCUAGUAUUUGUGAAGAUACUUAUGGAAACGGUAAAGGCGCACCUCACGUGUUUUCUCCUGGAAUUGGUGACUACUUGUGUGGACGAACUCUACUUCUAGCACACGCGAGAGCCUAUCAUAUGUAUGAUGAAUUAUACAGAAAAUCGCAUGGAGGUAAAAUAGGAAUCACUAUAGACUCUAUAUGGGCAGAACCAAAUUCUAAUAAUACAGAAGAUAUAGAAGCUGCAGAAAGAGAAAUGGAAAUGGAGUUAGGAUGGUGGGCAAAUCCAAUUUUUUCUGAUGAGGGAGAUUACCCAUCAAUAAUGAAAGAAAGGAUCGCAAGAAACAGCAAGUUGGAAAAUUUCACCGAAUCCAGACUGCCACCGUUUACAAAUGAAGAAAUAAAGUUUAUUCGGCAGAGUGCUGAUUUCUUUGGAUUAAACCAUUAUCAUACUUGGUCUAUUAGCAACCAUGAAUAUCCUGUAAAUGAUUCACCAUCAUAUCAGAAAGAUAAAGGUACAAAAGGAGUACAAAAUCCAAACUGGAAGCCAUCGCCGCUAAUUGUACCCUGGGGAUUUCGAAAAUUGUUAAAUUGGAUAAAGAAAAAGUAUAACAAUCCUUUAGUAUACAUUACCGAAAAUGGUAUUGGCGACAACACUGGAAUUUUGCAAGAUAAAGAGAGGAUCCUAUUUUUAAAAGUUUUUCUUGAGGCACUAUUUCAAGCUGUGAAUAAAGAUGGUUGUAAUGUGAAAAGUUACACUGUGUGGAGUCUAAUGGAUAAUAUGGAAUGGGAUUCUGGUUACACUUUUAGCAUUAAAUUUGGUUUGUAUCAUGUGGAUUUCAAUAGUGCCAACAGAACUAGAACACCUAAGGCAUCAGCAUUAUUCUACAAAAGUAUAAUUAAGAAUAAACACCUUGAUGAUGAUGUGCAUGUAGUAGUUGUAUAAUUCUGGAACUGAAAUUCAUAUAUUCAGAAUGUAUUAUAGUAGUAUGAAAUACUAUAAUCAUGUACUAGAUGCUGUUCAAAAGGAUGAAUAUAUAAAGUUUAGUAAUAAUAAUACUGACAAAUUCAACUGAUAAAUAUUGCAAUUUUAAAAUUUUAUUAUUUUCAACUAAUUG